AUUGCUCGCAGGUUAGUCAGUCGCCGACUUGAAACUGAAAUUACACAUUUCAUACGCAGCACGCAAGAUCAAACUAAACAAAACUAAUUUUGAAUUAAAUUAAAUUACGUUAAAUCAAGCCGUGUCGCAGCCGUUAAAUUGCAUCAAUCUGGAUUACCGAAUUCAGUGCUCUAACAUCGCAGUUUAAAAAUCCGGUUUUCGAAGAUACACGAGAAAAACAGUUAUAAUUACAGUUUUGGAUAUUUUCGGUAGUCGUCGGAAGCUCGUAUCAAAAUGAGUUUACAAAAGUUAAACAACGAUUUCAAUGUCCACCGCAGUAUUGAUUGUUUGAACCUGAACAUUCUGAAGGAGAACACGAACUCGCCUCCUGUGAUCAACAAGAACAACAGGUUCACCAAAAACCUACUCAAACGAAGGAGCUCAAAUCUCAUCGCAGAUCUCGCCUCAAUAGGAAACCAUGAAAAUUUCUACACUUAUGAACUCAUUCAACAAAUCGCACAGUAUUUACUCGACAGGACGAACAUUCGCCCCAAGAUCGGUAUUAUUUGCGGCUCAGGAUUAGGUAAUUUAGCUGAUGUGAUCACGGACAGUGUUUCGUUCCCCUACCAUGAAAUACCUCACUUCCCCGUGUCAACGGUGGCAGGCCAUGUUGGGCGGCUAGUCUUCGGCUAUCUGGAUGGCGUACCCAUCAUGUGCAUGCAAGGCCGAUUCCACUAUUAUGAAGGAUACCCUCUUUGGAAAUGCUCUAUGCCGGUGCGAGUGAUGAAACUAGUCGGAGUGUCCCAUUUAAUAGUCACGAAUGCCGCGGGGGGUCUGAAUCCGAAAUACCGAGCAGGAGACAUCAUGAUCAUGAAGGACCACAUCAAUUUCCUUGGUUUUGCCGGUAACAAUCCACUACAAGGAGUCAACGAUGAAAGGUUUGGCCCGCGGUUCCCGGCGAUGAACAGGGCUUAUAACGCCAGUUUGAGGAAGGCGGCGCACAAGAUAGCGAAGGAAAUGGGCAUUGACAAAUUCGUCAGGGAAGGAGUCUAUGCGGUCUUGGGCGGUCCCAACUUCGAAACCAUCGCAGAGCUCCGCAUGUUGAGAGUGUGCGGGGUUGAUGCAGUGGGUAUGAGUACGGUGCACGAAGUAUUAACGGCGCAACACUGUGACAUGAAAGUGUUCGCUUUCAGUCUAAUCACGAACAAGUGUGUGAUGGAUUAUGAAAGUAUGGCCGAAGCGAACCAUGAGGAGAACAUCGACACGGGUCUCAUGAGAGAAGGCGUCAUCAAGAAGUUGGUCACUAAAGUCGUUGGACAUAUAUCAAACCACGACCUUGCAAUGUCAUCGAAAAAUCCUUAAUCUAGUAUUGCUUAGCUUGAAUGGAACCCUCAAGUGCUCAAUCUGUUUGCAGUUGGCUAUUGAAAUUUCUUAGAAUAUAAAAAAAAUGCAGCAUUGAGUACAAAUUUGAUUGGAAAAACGGGUCGAUGGAAAAACGUGGAGUAACGAAGAUUUUUUAAUCGACCAAACAGCUUUCCUAGUCCUUUCUUGCUGGAAAAAAAAUUAUUUUCAUGUUUCCUGAGGAGGACUGAGGAGAGAAAGGAUGCGGCACCUGCCAUUCUACCGUGCCAAGGAAAAAUUUCGUUUGAGCAUUUAAAGGUUGUCCAAUUUACCUCGAAAAAAUGUUCCUUUUUGAGAGAAGAUAUGACUAUUUGUCUUCGACAUUCCCAAAUUUAAAGGAGUAUAAAUUGUGAAUAAAAUUCUACGAAAGAUUCAAGGGAAUUUUUUUUAAGUGUUUCCAGGGAUUCGGUAUUUUAUUAAAAGACAUUUGUCAACGUCCAAAUGUUCAAACGGUGUUUUUCUUUGGCACGAUAGAGUUAGUCGAUGUCCUGAACGAUGCGAUACGACGUUGAUGGCAACGCCUUCAGGAUACAACUAUUCGUGCUUGACGGCCAUCAAAGUUGCAUACACACUACAUUGCAGGCGCGUACUAUCUUGCUUUCACGAAGAUGUAUUCUAUUUCUUAGAAACAAAAUAUAUUGGAAGUCCCGUUCCCAAAUUUAAGUGCGACCUUUAAGAGGCACACUCCACAGUUAUUGGCGUGGACCAAGGAUCACCACUAUUUUAGCCCAUUGGUUACCGCUAUGCUAUUAAAGUUUUUCGACAGUGUAAGUCGGCAAUCACUUAACUCGGUUUGUGACGUCGCAAACUUCCUAUCAUACUUUAUUUUUUAAACGGAAAGCUACUCAGCGGCUAUUCUUUAAAACUGCAGUGACUUCAAAACUGCAAAAACUUCAAGGAAUACUGUCAAUUUGUUCUCCUUUAAAAAAAUAACAUAGAGGCGGAGAAUUUCAGACACCGCAAACGAGUUAUGUGAUUGCCGAUUUACACCGUCGUUUUGCCUCGCCCUUACACUCACACUCACAUACGUUAAAUACCUACAUGAACAGUGACAUGCGAGUUGACAUGUUACAUGAGACAUGUUACAAAUUAAAGUUCCUAUGAUUACAGCAGUCAAUUGGAAAGCCCUCCCCUUAUUUGCGAUACAGAUUCAAUGCCCCGCCCUCUCCCCCCCCCCUAAAUUGUCCACCUACGCCGGCUGGAUCAGUGGGGCCACAACAAAUAUAAGUGAACAUUAUUAUUGCACAUGAAAAAUUAAAAUAACGAUUUUCUUCAAGGCUGAGCGUUAUUCCUUUCUACUUUGGCCAGCAUAGUGCCCUUUACCUACAUUAAAAUACUUCAAAUCAUGAUUCUAAUCAAUCGCCAAAUGCAAAAGUUUUGAAGUUUUCUGAACUGAUUGGUUGGAGGUGUUUUGGAACUAAGGUUUUUUGAACUUCUGGUAACUCUUGAUGUAGGUAUCAGAAACAAAUACUUUGAAAAUGUACAGCGCCCAUAAUAGUAUUACAGUAUACACUAAGUGAUCAUUUCAUUUCAUAAAAGGGAUAUUAAAAAUUACGAAUUCGAGGAAAAGAAAAAAUUAUUGAUCAUUGAAGACUCAUGUUACUGUGACCAUAAAAUUGUGAAUUCCUCUAUUUUUACCUAGAAUAAUCUGCAGUCUGGAGUGUUAAGAGAAAAGUACAACAGGUCCGUUAUUGGAUGUAACAUUUUUCAUUGCUGUGCUACUUAUUAGUGCUUAAGUAAAAUGUGAGAAGCUUCAGGAAUUAGGUGAAAAAAUUGAGGGGAAA